AUCCCACCAAUUCGAUCUCUCGCCACACGAUCCUUCUCGGUCUCGUGCUUUCCACGCUUCGGUUCUCAGUCUCUCACCGCCGUCUUCGUGCGCGACGACGAUGGGCUUCGUCCUCCGAGCUCUGCAGCGCUCGCGCCCCGUCAUCGGAGGUAGGGUUUCCGCCUUCCGAUGGAUUACCUCCACCCCAGAUCUCCACAAACCGGAGGGCGCUGCUGCGGCGGAGCCGGCAGCGCCGGAGCCGGAGAUCCCACCGCGGACUCCCGUAGGUGGGGCGAGGGUGCAGUUAUCUAACCCGGAUGAUGCCAUCGAGGUGUUUGUUGAUGGGUAUCCGGUCAAGAUCCCAAAGGGGAUGACUGUUCUCCAGGCCUGUGAGGUCGCUGGCGUUGACAUCCCUAGGUUCUGUUAUCACUCGAGGUUGUCGAUCGCUGGAAAUUGUAGGAUGUGUCUCGUUGAGGUCGAGAAGUCGCCCAAGCCUGUGGCGUCUUGCGCUAUGCCUGCACUUCCAGGCAUGAAAAUCAAGACAAAUACGCCGGUGGCGAAGAAGGCGAGGGAAGGGGUGAUGGAGUUUCUGUUGAUGAAUCAUCCAUUGGACUGUCCGAUCUGUGAUCAGGGAGGGGAGUGUGACCUGCAGGAUCAAUCUAUGGCGUUCGGAUCAGACCGGGGGAGGUUUACAGAAAUGAAGAGGUCCGUUGUUGAUAAGAACCUUGGUCCUUUGGUGAAGACAGUGAUGACUCGCUGCAUUCAGUGCACAAGAUGUGUCAGAUUUGCUUCUGAGAUUGCUGGUGUUCAGGACCUUGGCAUGUUGGGUCGUGGCAGUGGGGAGGAAAUAGGAACAUAUGUUGAAAAGCUUAUGACUAGUGAACUCUCUGGCAAUGUUAUUGAUAUCUGUCCUGUUGGAGCUCUCACCUCAAAGCCUUUUGCUUUCAAAGCAAGAAAUUGGGAGUUGAAGGGUACAGAGAGCAUUGAUGUUACUGAUGCGGUAGGGUCAAACAUAAGAAUUGACAGCAGGGGUCCAGAAGUUAUGCGUAUCCUUCCACGAUUGAAUGAGGAUAUCAACGAAGAGUGGAUAUCCGACAAGACGCGGUUCUGCUAUGAUGGCCUCAAGAGACAAAGGUUAAAUGAUCCAAUGAUUCGUGGUCCUGAUGGUAGAUUCAAAUCUGUGAGUUGGCGUGAUGCUCUCGCCGUGGUUGCUGAGGUUAUACAUCAAGUUAAACCUGAUGAAAUCGUAGGAGUUGCUGGCAAACUUUCUGAUGCUGAAUCUAUGAUGGCUUUGAAAGAUUUUGUGAACAGGAUGGGCUCGAACAGUGUUUUAUGUGAAGGAAAUGGUCCUAACCCUCAAGCAGAUCUGCGUUCUAGUUAUCUCAUGAACACUAGUAUUGCUGGCCUUGAGAAGGCAGAUGUGUUCCUUUUAGUUGGUACCCAGCCAAGAGUGGAAGCUCCUAUGGUGAAUGCAAGGAUCCGGAAAACUGUUAAAGCAAAUCAAGCAAAGGUUGCUUACAUUGGUCCCCCAACAGAUAUAAACUAUGAUCAUCAGCACAUUGGUACAGGAGCAGAGACUCUAGUUGAGCUUGUUGAGGGCCGCCAUCCAUUCAGCUCCACUCUUCUUUCUGCGAAAAAUCCUGUUAUCAUUGUUGGAGCUGGAAUUUUUGAGCGGGAUGACAAGGAUGCCGUCUUCUCUGCGGUUGAGACCAUUGCAAAGAAUGCGAAAGUUGUGAGACCUGACUGGAAUGGACUUAAUGUCCUACUCUUAAGUGCUGCUCAAGCUGCUGCUCUUGACCUCGGCCUCGUAUCAAGCCCUAACGACACCAUCCCCUCAGCUAAGUUUCUAUACCUGAUGGGUGCUGACGAUAUCAGCUUGGAAAAGGUCCCAGAUGAUGCUUUUGUUGUUUAUCAGGGGCAUCAUGGUGACAAAAGUGUCUACCGAGCUAAUGUGAUUCUCCCUGCAUCAGCUUUCAGUGAGAAGGAAGGCACAUAUGAGAACACUGAAGGAUGCACACAAUGGACAGUCCCAGCAGUCCCUACAGUUGGUGAUGCAAGGGAUGACUGGAAGAUUGUCCGAGCCCUGUCAGAGGUCGCCGGGGUUAGACUACCAUAUGAUUCACUUACUGCUAUACGGGCUCGGAUAAAAACUGUGGCUCCUAAUCUCCUACAGGUGGAUGAGAGGGAGCCGGCAACCAUGUCAUUCGAGCUUAAGCCUCCGGUCACACAAAAGAUUAGCUCAGAUCCAUUUAAACCCGCCAUUGAGAACUUCUACAUGACAGAUUCAAUUACCAGAGCGUCUAAGAUAAUGGCACAGUGCAGUGCUUCGCUUCUGAAGAAGUGAAGGCAACCUUGUUUUUCUUACUCUAGAACCGGGUUUUAUCCAUUUCUGUUUCUGAGUUUGUGAUGUUGAUCCAUGUUAAUUAUAUCUUGGACCAGAGGCUGUUAUUUUGCUGCCAUAUUGAAAUGUGGUUCAUAAAUGGCAGCUAAAUUGAAUUAUAUUUUCCUUCAGUUUGCAAUGCAAAAGGUGCUGAGAAACUCAAAAGCAUGUCAUUUCCUCGGUGAAUUCCAGGAUGCUUCGUUUGUAGCUUGUAAGAUCUCAGUCUUUACAGGAAUAAAAAAGCAUGGAUAGCCUUUAACGAUUCAA